AUGGUGUCAAGGAUACUACCCAGUCCCUUCAUAAUUCCCCAGAUCCACACUCACACGUACUACUCCCAGUUCAGUGACUUCCCCCUCUUAAUCAUCAACAAGGAUGCUGAUGUUGUCACAAUUGAGAACUGUUGCUCUGAUGAGUCAGUUUUCGGUGAGGGAGUCAACUAUGGUGCUGUGAUUGGCCUCGGUGUCUAUGACAUCCUAUCUCCUAGAAUACUAUCAGCUGAACAGAUUGCGGAUAGUAUCACCAAGAAGCUCGCAACAAACAUAGUGUCGUUUAACCCUGACUACAAAUUCAAGACUCGUGAACACGUUGGGGUCAAACGUGCGCUCGAGGACAUGGUUGUUGCUGUGGAGCUCCUCUGCAUCGAACUUGCCCAUGCUAUGAAAGAAAAGUCUGAGUAA